UGUCUGGACAGACAUCGGGAAAAGUCAAACCGUACAGGCGAACCGCGAGGGUGGGAACACAGCGUCUGUAAGAAGCUAUACGUACUAAAUUUAACCUACGAAGGGAUUUGUCACGGAUUUCCUUCCAUCUAAAAGAUUGCCCCCGUCUCUCUCUUCCGUCUGAGGAUGUUUAGCUUGUUGUCACCAUAGUGCAAAGGACAUCACAUCAGCAUCAACAGACGGUGGAUAAUUAUGCCGCGCUUACUCAACAUCCUCACCUCAAAGCCUAACUGUGGCCCUGUCUGGGUCGCCUUUGUUCUGCUUGGCAUCUCAGCUCUAAAUACUCAAGCUAAAAUUGUCUUAACUGUACCCCAGCAAGUGAGCCUUUCAGCCAACUUUUUCACUCAACAACUAACUAUUUCCUGGUUUGGAGGAGAGGCCACGACCUUUGACCUUAUCAUUUUGAGAACCGAAUUCAACGAAACUGUCUUUUAUAACACAGUCCCAGUAGAAGUGAACCAGGAUGGUGGUCGCCACCAAUGGACCUGGACUUCUGUUGAACCUCUGGAGUGCACAUCAUUAUCAGUCAAAAUCCGCUCAAGAGAUGGAAUAACAAAAAGUGAAUGGAGUGAACCUCAGAUCCUGGAAGGAAGGGAUGUCCCGAGCAACAGCGCUUCUCAGAUGUAUCCUCAAGACAGAGUCGUGCCUGUAGGGGCCAACACAACUUUCUGUUGUGUUGUGGGGGAGGGAAAGGAGUUUAGAAAACUUCUCUACGGCUUGACGGAAAUGAACGUUACACGUUUGAGUCGACGAAGUUAUGCCGCCACUGCUGUUAACCAGCGCUCAUCUAGAAGAACUGGAACAAAUGUUUUUUGUCGUUUAAAGGACAAGAAUGAACUGGCAGGAUCGGUCAUCUUUGUCGGAUAUCCACCUCUACUCACCAGCUUUGAGUGCAUAACUCAUGACUUGACCUCAGCUGUGUGUUACUGGGAUAAAGGACGAGCCACCUACCUGUACGGCAAAAUGGAAAACAGCUACUCCAUAAAUAAGAGCAAAUGUCCUGACAGGAAGUGUGUGCUGCCUCAGUGGGACGGUAACUGGACUCUGGUGGCUGUUAAUCCCCUUGGCCAGUACAGUCUGACUUACUCAGCUGAGCUUCUUCACAGAGUGGUGCCAGUAGCACCAGAAAAGAUGUCUGGCACUGCCCAGGCCUGGAAUGCCUCUGUGCAGUGGGAGUGGCCAUACAGUAGCUAUUCCACCCUGGCUCUUGUCUGCCAGGUACGACUAGCCAGCCACAAUAUAUUGCUUAGAAAUUUCUCAGGUGUGGGUGUCCGUUCUGUUUUCCUGCCUCACCUCCACCCUCACACCAACUACAGAGUUCGAGUCCGCUGUGGAUCCCAGAAUCACUUUUUGAGGUGGGGCAACUGGAGCGAAGAAUUUAACUUCACAACCAAAUCAUAUGCUCCUGAAGCCCCUGAUGUGUGGAUGUGGGUGAACAGGGACAACUCUGUGAGGGUUAUAUGGAAGCCUCUGACACAAUGGCAGAGCCACGGUGUGCUCACAGGAUAUGAAGUUACUCUCUGGAACGUUGAAGAAAAUGAAAAACAAACCCAUAAUUUAUCGCCAAAAGAUAAUUCUUUGAACCUCACUCAAUGGGCAUCAAUCACCAGUGAAAAGAAAGCCAUUGUAUCAGUGAAGGCAAAGAAUGUGAAGGGGAUGUCUCCACCUUCCAGCAUAAUGUUAGGUUUAAUAGAUGACAAGUCCACUCCUUUGACUCGGACGAUUUAUACCAGCAGUGGUUUCAAUUUGAGCUGGCCGUACAAUGACAACAGUACAUGCAGUUAUUUGGUUGAGUGGUGUGAGGCUGUGUGCACGUCAGACUGCGCUGUGGACUGGAUCAGACUGGACACUGGAAGCACUCAUGUCUCCAUUAAAGAUUCUAUCGUUAAAUUCCAGCCAGGUGUGAGAUACAACUUUUCCCUCUAUGAGUGCCCAUCAGUUUCCCCAGUACUGUUGCAGCGCUGGCAAGGAUAUAUUCAGGAGCUGUCCCCAUCCAUUUCUGUCAAUCUGGAGAUCAAUCAGCAGGACUGUGACGCUGUUCUUCGCUGGGAGGAGAUUCCACUGGUUGGCAUAAGAGGCUUCCUUCAAGGCUACAAAGUUUACAAAGUCAAUAACUUCUCCGAUUUCACACUACUCGCCAAUCUGACCCCUGGAAUGAGGACUUUCACUGUGGACGGCCUCUCUCACAGGACCUACAAAUUCACUGUCAAGGCGUACACAUCUGCAGGAGAGGACACAGGCGGCACUGCUGCCAUCACGCUGAAGCAAUGUGAUUCUCAGGGAUUCUCUGAGGUCUUCCAACCACACACUGGUCUCUCAUUAAGCAGCAGGGAGAGAGGAGAGGGUUACCAACCACACAUGUCAGAUGGACUGAUUCUGGAGAUUUUGACUGCUUUGGGAAUUGUGACUCUGCUACUGACCACUGUUAGUUGCUUUUGCUUCAAGAAAAGAACAUGGGUAAAAAAGGCAUUUUACCCGGACAUCCCUGAGCCCAAGCUGCCUGGUGAUUGGUCCAGGACACAGGGACCUUUGGACGUGAAGCCGUUUUCCCACAGUAUAGUCCACAUCAUAGAAAAACCCAAGCGGGAUUUUAGUAAGGACGCUCUCGUUAUCGUUCCUGAGGAAGAGGAUUAUGAGGGAGAGGGAAAUGGAGAUGAGCCGGUAGACACAGAUGAGCCUCAGCUGUUGCGUUACUACAACCAGGUGGUGGAUGAGCGCCCCAUUAGGCCGCGGUUUCCAGACUCCUCAAUUUCCUCCUCAUCUUCUGUAGAUUCAGCCAACACUGACGUGACGUACACAGGUAUCCAGACAUCCCACUCUUCUUUGGUCUUCCCUUCAGACUCUCAGGGAUUCUCUGAGGGCUUCCAACCACAAGGUGGUCUCUCUUUAAGCAGCGGGGAUAGAGGAGAGGGUUACAAACCACAGUUGCACUCUGUAGCCCCGGAUGGAAACCUAGCUUCUCCUGAGCCCAUUGUGGAGCCUCAUGCUGUUGGUUCUGGAGGCUACAAGCCUCAGAACUCCUGGCUUUUAGACUCUCCUACUGAGGGAGAUGAAAAUAGCCCGGCCCCCUCGCUGGGCUCACCCACCUCUGUAGCGUCUACUCAGUUCCUCCUUCCUGAUAGAGAAAAAAACGAAGAAAAGAGGCAACAACCAUCAGCAGCAGCAAGCUGGUUCACCAACCUGCUGUCAUCUGCAAAACCGUAACAUCAUCUCAUUUUGGCUGUUAGUUGGGUGAACCGCUCGUCUUUUCUGUCAUCAUUGUCUCAUAUCUACACACAAGGAAGAAUCCUCUCACUGUAGCACUGUGUUGUCGAAACCUGCAUCUUGACUGAGUUAAUGCCAUUCAAGGUGUCUUUACUAAAACAUUCAACAAAUAUAAAAGGUUUUUUUCCUCUUUGUUUUUGGUGGGAUGUACAUCAAAUGUACAUGAGAAAAUGCAUUUUGUCAACAGAUAUCUACAGAUUUGCAGUUAUGUCUCUCCUCAUACAAUAGUUAAUGUCCCCCCUGGGAAGCCUGAAAAUUAUUUUAAAAGCUUACUUGUACAGCGCUUUAUCAACUCCAGAGGAACCCAAGGCGCUUAACACUACAUUCACACACUGAUAGUGGCAAGUUACUACACUGUAGCCACUGUUGCCCUGUGGCAGUCUGACAGAAGCAAAGCUGCCGUCUUUUCUGCUGUCAACUGAUGAGUUACUGAAAGACAAUGUCAAGUUUCUUUAACAAGGAAAAAAGUAGUACAAAAGUAGCUUCCUUUUUUUCUUUUUCUUUUUUUUUAUUGAUAAAAAAAAAAUACUGUUUUGAAAGAUGCACUUAUAAAGAAGUGGUGCUUUCCAAUGAGGUCUGUACAUGUGUGAGGGGUUGAACUUUUAGGAUAUACACUACAAUAAGCUAGAAUAUUAUACAUUUAUGUCACUACGCAAACUGUUACUAUAGAGAAUUUUGUUUUGUCUUCCAUUUCCAGUGAAGUUUAUUUUGUUGAACACAUUUAACUUCAGGCCAGUGUCUUCUUUUAAAGCUAUGCUGAGCAUUAUUGAGAUUACUAUGGGUAUUAAAUGAUCCUUUCUGUGUACAGUGCGUAAAUUGUCUUCAAAGCUGUUAUGCUUCCAAGAAUUUGCACCGUUUCACCUUUCACUGCCUUACCCUGAAGUAUUUAAAAUGUUCUGCAGGUAUACAAUUUACAACUGAUCCAAAAUGCACUGUGUGGAGUUAUAAAUCCAACUGGAGUGUUAAUGUAAACAAUUUUAUUUUAUCUUUUUAUUUUACAAUUUUUUAUGUGAAUAACACUACAUUUUACAUUGCUUUUUAAAUGCAUACAGCCACUUUCUAUUUUUUUAUGGUUGGGGGAACUACAUUGUAUAUAGUCAGGGCCUAAACUCUUGUUUAUCAAAACUAAAUGGUUGGAAAAAUUUGUUUGUACAUGAGCUCUAAAUUAAAGGGCAAAUAUAGAUUUUUUUUUUUUUUUCAGUCAUCUCUUUUUAGUUUUGUUCUGACUUGUAGCUACAGGUAGUUGUGUAAUUUGUAUUUUCAGAAAUGAAAGUAAAAAUGUUUAACUGGAAGACCAGUGUACACAAGGCAACUGAAAGUGAUAGUAGUUUGGAAACUAACUCAGACGUGUCUAUCAGUUUAAGUGACUAUUCAGGACGACAGACACUAAAUUUGCAGGUUCAAACUUGAGUUUAUGAAUUUGAAUAUUAAUAUGAUGACUUCAUAAGAUGCCAGAAAUGUGAUGAGAAAUGUCUUGAGUCGCUUGAAAACUUAACAAACCAGCUACGCUUCUGCUAUGAGUCAAAAGCAGCUUUGAUAGCUUUUGACAAGACUUUGAAUCUAUGCGAUUUCUGACCAGCAUUGUUACUUUGAUGCCCAAACAGUCGUCAAUCCUAUUUAUCCAAAUAAAUAGGAUGUGGAUAAAUAGAAUGCUUAGCAAUCCAAGAAGAAGUUAUGCAAAUCUCAAUUUUUUUCUACAUGUUUUAAAUGUUGGGGUAAAACUCCACUGCAAUUAUAUUGCGGUCAAAACAUUAUUUGGACACCAUGUGUCACUUCAACCACUCUGUCAUAGUAAUUAGUUUCUCCCCCCCCGAUUGUUUGGCAGCAAACGUCACCUCAAGUAGGAAAUGGAAAAGAUAAAAUACCCAAACAGCAGCUGUAACUAAAUAAUCUAUUCUUCAUUUGGCUCAAAUACAAAGAUAAAAUGCUUAGUUUAGUUUUUCUGGUUAGACAUAUAGAGAAAGUGUUGUUGUUUUAGUUUGAUCUCCAGGUGUUUGUACUUAUGCAAAAAACAUAAAACUAAAAUUUUAGCAAAAGCAAUUAUUUUCCUAGCAAACUGCACCUGCAUUUAUCUUGAUGGGCUUGCUGUAAACAAGAACAGUUGGGUCUUUUCCCUCAAGUUUGUGUUGACAUUUUACUUAAAUUUAAAAUGUUCAAUGGUUAAAUAAUCCUGGGCCAAGAAUUGUUUGGCACUAAAAGACAAUAAUAAUGGCCAUUCUUUUCCGUUCACAAAUAUGGUCAGGAUAUUUCAGAUAACUGUCUUUUUUUUUUUUUUUUUAAGUAUUUUUGUAUUUGCAAGGCAAAUCUUUUUUGUUUACAUGACAGGCUUCACAAUGGUUUCAAUGAAAACAUUGUUGUACAUAUGAAAGUGCCUCCAUGUUUUUUUUUUUCGUUUUGUUUUUUUUUGUUUUUUUAAAGACUUUCAGUUUCAGGUAGUGCAUUUUAAAAGUUAUCUGCUUAGAACAACUGGAAGUCUUAUCAAGUUUUCUAUUCAAGGCUAUUGGGAUUUUAGGUUUCCUGGCUCAAAAAUAUAUUUGCCCUUUAAAGAGUCUGCAUCACCAGUGGUGAGGUUUUGCUAAAGUAUCUGUAGGGAAUGUUUAUCCUUUGGACAAUACUUCUCAGAUUUGCUGGAUUUCCCUAUUGUAUGUUUUUUUUCCCCUCCCCCCAAGUUGAAAUGGAUUCUCUUCGGCUGACAGUUAUUUACUUUAGUGCCUCCAGCCAACAAGCUUUAAUGAAAAUGACUGUGACAUGAAAACACUAUUGCAGGAUGUUUUUACAGUUGAGAUGCUAGUGAGGGGCAAUCAGCCCAGUUUUUUUUUUUUUUUUUUUUGACACUUGCAAGCUUUUUCUUUAGGUUGUAAAACUGAUUAAAAAGAUUGCAUAUGAGUGUGCAAAAAUGGUGGAUUACCUUAAAGUGUCAUUGUUGAUUGUUACAGAAUUUAAUUUAAAUUUGCACCUUAAAAAAAUAAUAUGGAAGUAAGAUUUCUUUCCUUGUUAUGACAAAAUGUUAUACUUUAUCAGAUAUAUUUUAGUUUCAUUGAAAUCUUUUUUUCAUGUAAUGUUUUUUUUUUUCGUUUUGUUUUGUUUGUUUUAAUAUUGUAAACCAACUUAAUACUGUGUAGCUGAACUUUCUCUUUAUCAUAUUACAAACAAAUUUGUAAUCAGUGUAGAUGUGACCAGAAAAGUUAUCACCGAUGUGUGCAUAUUAUUUUUCUUUCAAGCAUACUUUUUUUGUUUGCUAGAAAUUGCCAUGUCUGGGGAAAAAGACAUGCAGGGUCCACUUGCUGUCUAACAUCUCAAUAUUAGCUCAGUAGUUUUGUGAACUUGAUGCAUGCUACAUAAACUAAAUACAAAACAGUGGCUUUGUGAACCUUUUAAAAUUGUUACCUUUUUGUCAUCUUUGGCUUGAAGCACUGUCUAACACAUUGCAUGAUAACGUGACUUAAAUGUUAUCUGUUGAACACAUUUUUACCCCCCCUGGAUUUCUGUAAAAUGUAGAGAGUUUAUUGCAGAAUAUUUUAUUAAUGACCUAUAUAGUGUAGGAAUUGCUUCUGAAUGAGUGUGCAAAUGUAAGAAUCAAUACCACAGAUUGCUAUCAUUCUUGUUUAAAUGCAAUAAAUUGCUUUUUGUCUGAACACUU